AUGUCGCUCGAGCGCUUGAAGGAGCUGUACCAGAGGCUGAUCGCCAUUCAGCACACCGGCGAGCCGGUGGAGCUCGCCGCCGAUCUAAAUCGCGAGGAGAUACGCGCCAACGUCAACUGGAUCCUGUAUCGAGCGGUGCUCCAUCGCAACAUCAAGGUGGUCAAUCAGCUGUGCCAGCUGGGCAUCACGAACGUGGGAGGAGCCGGACCCGGCGUGACGGACGCGAGGACGGCCAUACAUCGCGCCGCUCGCCAGGGUCAGUGGGACAUGGCUCGCGCUCUGUUCGGCGUCUACGACUCAACGAAUUAUAAGGAUCCGCGCACGGACUUGACUCACCUGCACGUGGCCUGCAUGACGGCCAGUCUGAAGCACGUCUGGCAGUACCUGGACCAGAAGGACUGCGACCUGAACGCCAAGUGUAAGGAUUACUACGAGGAGGCCUACCCGCUGAAUUUGGCCGUCUACUACUAUCUGAGGGCCUGCGAGGAGAGCGAGCGGGCGAUACUCGAGGCGGCUUGGAAGGGCCUCCAGCCGCCCGUCGAGGACGUCACCGAGAAUCCGCUGGCGACGAUCGAGGUGCUGCUCAAGGCCGGGGCCAACGCCAAUCAGCCGAAUCGCGACCAGACCAGUUUGCUGACGAGGGCCAUCCGGGCGAAUCGCGGCGAGCUCGUCGCGCUGCUGCUCCGCUACAAGGCCGACCCGAAUCAUCGGGACGCCGAGACGGGCCGCUGGCCCCUGGACGAGGCGCUCGGCCUCAACGACCGCCAGGCGAUCGCGCACAUCAUGGCGCAGCCGCGCGACGUCAAUCAUCUGCGCGCCCAGGAGCGCCGCGAUCUGCUGCCCGCGGUGCACGAGUACGCGGAGCUCACCGCCGAACGGCUGAGCCUCGGCACGUACCAGGCGCUGGUCGGCUGCGACGAGGACAGCCUGCCGCGCGUCCUCGAGAGGCUCUUCUCCACCAAUCUCGAGGUCAUGCGGGAGUUCUACGGCAAGAUGCUGCAGUACGGCGCGGACCCGAACUCUCUGUGCGCCCAGGGCCGCAUGCCGAGGCUGGACAAGCCCGCGACCACGAGGAUCGUCGAGGCGCUGCUGCGCGCCGGCGCCAAGGCCACCAACUGCGAUCCCCAGGGCAGGACACCGCUGAGGCGGACGAUCGCCUACAAUUACUACAGCCUCGUGGAGAAGCUGCUGCUGUGGGACGGCCUGGUGGACCAGGAGAGCCGCGACGGUGUGACGCCGCUGGAGGAGGCCGUGAGGUGCCUCGACACCGAGGCGGUGGAGCUGCUGGUGCUGCACGGCGCCAGCGCGAUGAGCCUGAACGCGGACAAGAGGAGGCGAGCGAUGGUCACCACAGCCGUCCGGGAGAACAGAGUCGAGCUGAUCGGGCAUCUGAUCGAGCACGGCUUCGAGGCCAGCGCGCCCGACCACCACGGCAGGACGCUGCUCGACGAGGCGAUGAUCUACGACAGGCCGCGACUUCUGAGCAUGCUGCUGGACAAGGGACACAGGCCGAGAUUCGAGGACGACUGCUCGCGGAAUCCACUGGUCGUGGCGGUGCGCCACCAGUACAAGGAGAUCGCGCGCCUACUGCUCGAGAAGGCCGGCGCCGACGCCAAGAUACUGAACAAGCCCGAGCUGCGCCACCUGCUGACGAGGCUCGUGGCCAACGACGAGCUCGAGCUGCUGGAGCUGUUGAUCAAGGCCGGCGCGAGUACCGACGCCAAGGACCAGUACGACGCGACGCUGCUGCACAAGGCCGUGCAGCUGAAGAAGCCCGAGGCCAUCGGGCUGCUGCUGCGCAACAGGGCCGAUCCGAAUCUGCGCUGCGUCAUCGCGGACUACAGGACGCCGCUGCUACAGGCCGUGGUGGACAGGGACGCGGCGAUCGUCAAGCGGCUCCUGGACGAGGCCGACAAGAUGGGUUUCAUCGUGAACAUGAAGAGGAGGGACAUGGACGACAAGGUGGCGAUCGAGCGCGCCGUCGAGAACUUCGACCUGGCGACGCUGCGGGUGCUGCUCGAUCACGGCGCCGAGAUCGAGACCUUCAACUCGCCGGACAAUCGCGAGAUACUGACGCUGCUGAUCGAGCGCAAUCAGCUGGACAUCCUGCGUACGCUGAUCCUAGCCGGAGUCGAUCCCAACGUGCAGAGCCUGCGCUCGAACUCGCUGCAGCACGAGGCCGUGGCCAAGGUCAGGCCCGACAUACUCGAGUGGCUGCUGGCCGAGGGCGGGGCCCUGCCCAGUCUGCCCAACGGCAUCGGUGUGCCGCCGCUGCAUCUGGCCUGCCAGACCAAUCAGACGGAGCUCGCUCUGAUACUGCUGCGCCACGGCGCCGACACCACGGGCCUGUCCGUGCGCGACGAUCCCUACGAUCGGGUCGUCCUCCACCAGCUGAUCAAGGACAAGAACGCCGAGGUGAUCGAGGCCCUGCUCAAGGAGGGCGUUAAUCCGAACGAGCCCACGUCGCUGCUGCACGUGGCACUGGGCAUGGGCGAUCUCGAGGAGAUCGUCGAGGUGCUGCUGCAGAACGGCGCCGAUCCCAGGCAGCCCGAGCCCGGCACGGGACUGCUGCCGCGCGAUAGAGCCGAGAGGCUCAACAGAACCAAGGCCAAGAAGUGGCUGGACGAGAUGCUCCAGUGA